CAAAAUAAAAAGGGGCGAUGAACACAGCUCAGCGCUGUCGAUUGCGUUGGUCAAUGUGAAAAAAUUUGGGGAGUUUUUGGGUGGAAAUCCGACCACCAUGCUCUCCAAGCUGCCAUCUUUCAUGGUCCCUUUCUCCUGCUCUGCGUCUGGGUCGCAGUUAUCUUGAGAGCUUGUAGGAACUUCACAGAAUGUUCUCGUGCAAAGGAAACCCUUGGAGUGGAACUCGUUUCUAGCCUUCUGUCUUGCUUCUCUGUUUUCUUGUGAAAGUGGUCAAUGCAAUUUCCAGUUAGAAGACAGCCUUCUAUGUGGCCAAAUAUGAGAAAACACUGGUUGGGAAAGUAUUUGUCCUAUGGAUUUGGAACUUUCGUCACGAGACCUAUCAGAACUUUGCGUGGAGUAGCAGGUUAUUCCUUUGGUGUUACCCAACUUUUGUGCAAUGCUGCUUGUAUGGCCUCCCCUUUGCAAAUAGAAUUGGUGCCAUGUCUCCGGGAUAAUUAUGCGUAUCUUUUACAUGAUAUGGACACGGGCACUGUCGGAGUUGUUGACCCUUCAGAAGCUAUGCCUGUUAUAAAUGCUCUAAAAAGAAGAAAUCAGAACUUGACAUACAUACUUAACACCCACCACCAUUAUGAUCACACUGGUGGGAAUCUGGAACUAAAAGCAAGGUAUGGUGCAAAGGUAAUUGGUUCUGGCAAAGACAAGGAAAGAAUACCUGGCAUUGACAUAGCUCUUCUAGAUGGAGAAACAUGGAUGUUUGCAGGCCAUCAGGUGCUUGUGAUGGAAACUCCUGGCCAUACAACAGGUCAUGUAAGUUUUUACUUUCCAGGAAGUGGAGCUGUAUUUACUGGGGACACCUUGUUUAGCUUAUCAUGCGGUAAACUUUUUGAAGGUAGCCCUGAACAGAUGCUCACUUCACUACAGAAGAUUUUGAGUUUGCCAGACGAGACAUGUGUAUACUGUGGCCAUGAAUAUACAGAGAGUAAUUCAAAGUUUGCAUUAUCCAUAGAGCCGAAUAAUGAAGAACUGCAGGAAUAUGCAGCUCAUGUCACCCAUCUCCGCAAUAAGAAAUUGCCAACAAUUCCAACAACUCUAAGGAGAGAGAAAAGCUGCAAUCCAUUUCUGAGAACAGCCAGUCGGGAAAUCCGUAAGAAGUUGAAUAUUCCGGAGACGGCGAGUGAUUCACAAGCCUUGGGCAUCAUCCGGCAAGCAAAAGAUAACUUUUAAGGUUGUGAACUUCAUAGGUGGGAAAGCGUUUGUAUAGUUUCCGAGCAUGAAACGGUCAAUUUGUUCUUGUAUAAUGUUGGUAUUAUUUUGCUCAAUAUUCUCUUUUGAGGUAAUUUAAAAAAGAUGUGUUAACACUUCUGGGUCUUCAGGUUGUACGGUCAUGCACAGUUAUUUUUUGACGAAAUAUAAUUCACCUCCCUUGCGCUAGUAAUGCAAAACUUUAAUA